AAGAGAUCGAGAAAAAAUCGACUGCUGCGCGUCGCGAAAAGUGCGUGUGUUUCAGUAAAAUGUUUUCUCUCAAUUGCAGCGGAAGUCGGCGAAAUAAUGACGGAAUCGUUUCCGCUGCAUGAGUGCGUCUUUAACGGUGAUACCCGAAAACUGUCGUUGCUGCUCCGGACACACGAAAUCGCCGAAAAGGACAAGCAUGGAAACACUCCACUCCAUUUGGCUGUUAUGCUCGGAAAGAAAGAAUGUAUCUUCCUGUUGCUUGCACAUGGCGCACCGGUUAAAGUAAAAAAUUCACAAGGAUGGUCUCCAUUAGCAGAGGCGAUCUCGUACGGAGAUCGACAAAUAAUCAGUGCAUUGCUAAGGAAACUGAAACAACAGGCCCGCGAACAGAUGGAACAACGGCGCCCAAAUCUGGUAAAAGCCCUCAAACAGAUGGGUGACUUCUAUAUGGAGCUGAAGUGGGAUUUUCAUUCGUGGGUUCCACUUAUCUCACGCAUUCUUCCCUCGGACGUUUGUAAAAUUCAUAAGUCUGGCUGCUCGAUACGACUCGACACGACGUUGGUCGAUUUUUCCGACAUGCGCUGGGAGCGGGGUGACAUUUCGUUCAUCUUCAAAGGCGAAAACCCUCCGAAGGAUUCGCUGACAGCGCUCGACAAUGAGUGCCGCUGCUACCAGCACGUCCGGCACGAGGAGACGGAGAUGGAAAUCGAGGAUGAGGUCGAUAUACUGAUGUCGAGUGACAUCCUUGCAGCACAGAUGUCAACCAAGGGUAUUAGUUUUACGAAAGCACAAUCGGGAUGGAUCUUCCGCGAAGAUCGGCGGGAAACGGUGGCUGGACAGUACGAUAGCGAUCUCUACACCAUAAACGGAUUGACGCUGGAGCAGCGUAAACGUCGGGAACAUCUGUCACGGGAUGAUCUACAGAAAAAUAAGGCGCUCAUGGAGUCACUGACGAAGGGAGGCCAGAGCCAACAGGGCGGUGUCGAUCAGAAUGGAGAGAUUUAUCGGCGAGAAUCGCUACAACCGCCACCUAACAGUGAGGUUACCUGGGAGGAAUACGUUUCGGCUGAGCCGGGCCAGUAUCCCAACUUAGGUCGUGAACUAGUGUAUAAGGAAUCAAGCAAAAAUUUUAAAGCAACAGUAGCUAUGAGCAAAGACUUCCCACUGAGUGUAGAUAUGCUGUUGAACGUGCUGGAAGUAAUAGCACCAUUCAAGCAUUUCAGCAAGUUGCGUGAAUUCGUAACACUGAAACUACCCAGCGGCUUCCCGGUGAAGAUCGACAUCCCCAUCCUGCCGACAGUGUCGGCCAAGAUUACCUUUCAAAAGUUCGAAUUCCGGGACGAUAUUUCGCCUGAUCUGUUCGUCAUUCCGGAGGAUUACAAAGAGGACACAAUGAGAUUUCCUGAUUUAUGACCUUUCGAUAUCGACGGACUAAAUUCACGCGCGCUGCUCUUUGCCGUCAGCCGACCUGGACAAACCGCACCGCAGUCGCCUGUCUCAACCAUUGGUAGCGAUGGGCAUGUGGGAUACUCGUGUUCACCUUCUCCACAAUUAUUGAUACGCUCGUGCAUGAUCCUCGGAUGAUCUGGCUGUUCCGAUGGAAAGUUAGCCUAAACUGACUUACAAGUUGUUCUCCCUACGCAAAACUCCCAGUUUCUGUCGUCACGAUCGCGUUGGUAUUGAACAAUGCAGUAUCAUUACAGGCAAUUGUAUGCCAGUUUUCAUUAGGCUUUGCAACAGAAAUUGUUUGCUUGUUUUGAGGUUGUAAAAGUGAAAUGGAUGCAUAUUGAGUCUAGCAAGAAGACAACGGACGCGAAACGGUAUUACAAUUGUUAGCAUAGUAUUUUAUUGUCCUACUACAACAUGCUGUAUUUUGGAGCGGCCCGGUGGCAUGAUGGUAGCCGGUAGCCGGUCUUCACACGAACGGACCGGACCAAAUCCCAUCCGGACCAAUCCCCCGUAGCAAGGACUGAUUAUCCGGCUACGUGGUAAAAUAAGUCGAUACGGCUAGGCCGUUCUAACGAAACAAAAAAAACAUGCUGUAUUUAAGUGACAGUAUGCAAUCGAAGGAAAGGGUGUUCAUAUAAAGUGGGAAGCUGUCUCCAUUCUUCCAGCAGCAAUGUUCUUUCCCUUCUUUCUAGCCUCUGUUGGAUCUCCUAUUUGUUUGUAAAGAGUAUAUUGCUAAAGUCAUCUGAAACAUUCACUUACAGGGCCGUUUUUUCAUAAGUCUAGUAUGUUUUAUCUAAAUAAUUCCAGCUAACCAAUAUCUGCAAUAGAGAUGAAAUAAGAUGCAUGUGAAGACCGUCGCUAUAAAAUAUGAAGAAAAAAGCAAUGCAUUAAUAAGACACUCUAAACGAAACGAACCUGAAACACAGACGGUGAAAUGAGGAAAGAGAAGAAAAAACGAAAGGAAUACAAAUUUUUGGUGUACGUAGCAGGGAAACGAAUUUAUCAACAAUUUGACAACCACAUAAGCUAAACAAACCUAAUCACAAUGAACUAUAAAAUCAAUGAAGUAAGGAAAAGAUAAAACGAUCCAAGAAAAUUUUACAAAGCAUGAUAAAAACCAUUACCAUCGUUCAGUCCAGCAGUUGUUUGAUAUUUGUGAACCUGAUCGGUAUGCAAAUCGGCUCUACAAAUCCCAUCCAUUUGUCUAUUAGUAUAUUAUCAUUUUAACGCGAUGUUACUAUAAAGUUCGGUGGUCUAGUAGUAGUUGGUGUAAUUUUUCCAACCCCGAACAUGGUAGCAGAUCGUACUUUGAACUUUGUGUAUUCGGAUCGAUGCAGCAUGUCUGCAACUGUGUUCAUUGUUUGGCCUAUACGGCCUAGAUGAAAUAAUACAGCGUCCAGGAAAAGAGUCGUUUUAAAACACGGGGGCAGUAGAGGAACAAUUUGUCAAUGGGAUGUCGAAGGGGGUCGAAGAAGAAGGGGAAGAAAACUGAAAUGCAAAUCUUGUACGCUUGCUACCAAACGGAUAUACAUACAUGUGUUUCUAAACCAAAAUUUGUAAGAUGUUUCUUAAAUGGACUAACUAAGCGUUUGGAGAUGAGUGUGGAAAUCGCGAAGAAGACAAAGAAAGCAUACAAAGAUCUAUUAAUUCAAUUGAUGUUUAUUUUCUAGAGGAAAGAAAAAGGCAGUGGAGGAUCAAUUCCCUUGGAGGCCCAGGGCGAAAUUGUAGUUGGGGCCUCUAAUUUUAA